GAAGUCCUCAAUAAAAAGCCGUCCCGCACAGAUGCUCAACGAGGAAGGAACCUUCUUUCAACACGGUGACUGCUACAACAAAGAUGGGCUCUGUGAAACCAGCUGGACUGUCUCUUCUUCUGUUGUCUUUUCUAGUCUACAUAGCUGACUCUUACCCUAAACGUGACUUAUCAAACAUGGGCUGUGACGAGUGCACGCUGAAGAGGAACACCGUGUUCUCGAAGGACUCUCCGAUCUACCAGUGCAUGGGCUGCUGCUUCUCCAGAGCGUACCCAACGCCUCUCAGGUCCAUGAAGACAAUGACGGUCCGAAAGAACAUAACCUCGGAGGCAACCUGCUGCGUGGCAAAGUCGAGCUACGAGGUACAAGUACAGACCCUGGUGGCCAACAUACCGGUGAAAAACCACACCGAGUGCCACUGCAGCACCUGCUAUUUCCAUAAGAUAUGAAGACGGGAACUGAAGACCUCUCUGCAGUGCUCAGCUUGGCAAUGAAUUGUGUCUCUUUUAAUUUGCAUGAGCGCAUUUCUGUUUUAAAUGGCAGUUCACAUGUUGGCAGAUAAUAUUUUUGUAGCAAUUGUGUGGUUGUGUAAUUAGCCUGUAUUUGCAUUGAUACGUGUACGUGCUUAUUUGUAGAUUAAAAAGCAAUUAACAUGGGCAA